AUGUCCUCCAAUGCUACUUCCACGGUCCUAACAUUGCUCCCUUCUCUCCCAUCACUAGAUAACACAUUUGGCGCUGUACUGAUUGGGACAUUCCUUGGUCUCAUUCUGUACGGCUUGACGGUACACCAGACCCUUACAUACUUCAGAGUGUACACUGCGGACGCAUUCCUGAUGAAGUUCAUGAUCUUUUGCCUGGCACUGCUGGACACCGGGAACGCGGUCGUUACCAUGCAUGUGUGCUAUCACUACCUCGUCACCAACUACUUUGAUCCUUUCUCCCUACUUGAUGGUGUUUGGUCUAUUCGAAUGUUGCCAGUACUCAUGACCACAACUUUCGUCAUUGCUCAAUUAUUCUACAUUCGGCGUGUGUAUCUUCUCGGCUCUGGAUACAGAUAUGUUGCUAUCGUCGCUGCUAUAUGCGCGAUCGGGGCUGUCGGCUUUGGGACAGUGUUCAGCGUAGAGUGCUUCAUACACACCACGUUCUUCGAGUUCCAGAAAUUCACUGUCGCUCCGCAGACAGUUCAAGCAGUCUGGAAGAGACUACCAGGGUACACGGUCGAACUCCGAAAUCCAGAUGAAGGCCAUCCGAACACUCACUUGCUCACGCUUUUCAACGACGACCACACGAUCACCGUCGAAUACCGGCAUACCUUGGAGGAUGACGAUCGGAAGUUGCGGAUCGAGGGCGAUGUGAAGAUUUCGCGACGCGCUCUUGACGAGGUGGAGGAUGUCGAGGCGGAUGUUAGAUCUGUGAGGUGGUGGGAUUACUCGCGUUCGUGGCGCCCAUCGCUAGACGAAAAAGAAGUCGUCUUCACCCUCGCAGGAAAGCAGCUCACCUUGAAGCUCUGCUUGGAUUGGGCAGCGCCGUCGCACUACUUCCCUCAUGUCGAGGUUGUCAGGAUGGAGAAGACCACACCUGCGGCGCUGCUCGAGUAG